AUGGGCGCGUCUGAAGGCAAAGCACGAUGGGCUUCGCAACGUCGUGUGCCGCGGGCCUCGCGGGCAUGCGAAACCUGCCGUGCUCGGAAGACUAAGGCCCAGGCCCAGUCUCCAAGUCUGUUGAGGGGCCGUCUCAACACCACACCCAAAACAACGAUCGCGUCGGCCGGGCUAUCCGAUACUUCACAAAUCUCAAAUACAGAGCUAGGUGAUGCUGCCUCAAGGGAUGGGUUAAGCGGGGUCAAUCUGCACACUAAUGGGACCGAGUUUUAUGGUAACUCGUCAAAUCUAGCAUUCCUAGGGAAUCUAUACGCAAGAGCACACCAUCAAGAGCUCAGAGAUCAACCCCGAUUUGAUGAGACCUCUCGACAAAUCCCAGCUUCGCACAACUAUCCUAAUCCACCAUUUCAGCCUUUAUCGCCAGAAACAAGGCACAACAAAGAUUAUAUCGGGCAUCCUUCACCCCAAUCCCACGAUGGGGUGGACUUCACGACAGAGAGAAGUCCGCCAGAUUCAGAUGGCCUCCGAAAUAGGACCCCGACAAUAAGCAAUGAUCAAGACACCAGCCUGGAGUCAUUAUUCCCUCGCCUUACAGAGAGUGCACAGGUGGAGAUCGAGAAAACCUUCAUUGGCAGCUACUUUGCGAACAAGCAUUACAUCCACCCACUACUUUCUAAAGGCGCUUUUAUGCAACGUUGUGAAGAUGAAGCCUGGCCAAUUCCGAAUCGCCAGGGACUCUUCCGAGGGGCUACGAAGUUUGCUGGUUUAUAUUUUGCGGUCGUUGCUUUGGGCGCGAUCAAUGCGAGCCCGAACGAGACCUCCUUGCUAGAACAUUUCUGUCAGCAAUUUAUCGAUCCGAGUCAGAUGCAACGAGCUCGGAGAGGACCUAGGUUCACAGCUCUUGACUUUGCAAAAUUCUUCUUCGGCCUCGCAAAACGGACUUUGGGUGAUGUUUUCGAGAGUUCCUGUUUGGAGUCUGCUCAGACUCUUCUUCUUUUGAGUGUGUUCCGUCAAAACUCGUUGCAGCCCCAUAGCUGUUAUAUGUACAGCGGGAUGGCUGUCCGCACAGCAGCGGCUAUUGGUCUCGGCUCGAGCAUGUCUUCUCUGCCUCCCAGUGUGAGACGAGAAGCUAGACGCACCUGGUGGUGUAUCUACUCCCAUGAAAUAGAAAUGUGUUGUUCCUCUGGACGUCUGGACAGCAUGAAAGAGUUACAUUAUUACCAGACUUCCCUCCCCAAACUAAAAGUUGAUUCCGAUAACCUCGACCCUGAUGCCGAAGACAACGACAUAGCGAUGAUCCCGGCAAUGGUUUCCCUAGCUCAAAUUAUGUCCGAGGCAUCUCAUCAACUAUACCACUCCAUGCGGCGAUCGAUAGCUGAUAAGUCCCGUUUAGCUAUGGCACUUGACCAGCGACUUCUUGAGUGGAAAGAAACGCUGCCGGAUUUCUUGAAUCUAGAUGCACAUGCACUAAAUGACCCCGAAUGGGCGUUCAAACAGAAAUUAGUCCUGAGGUUGAGAUAUUAUAAUACUCGAAUCCUCAUCCACAGGCCAUUUCUUGUAGCAGCAACUGCAAAUACGGGCACUUCAACCCUGGACCUUUCCGUCCAUUUACACACGUGUCUCACUGCCGCCCGGAUGAGUAUUAAUAUGCAAUACGAGUCAUUCAUGCACAUGACCUAUAUUCGCACUUGGUGGUACAACACGACCUAUGCACUCUACGGGUCAAUGAUCCUCCUCCAUCUCAUCCUCUCAAACUACCCAGGUCUCCCAGACGACGAGCUCCUCGAAGACGUCGAAAAGUCCCUCGAAAUUUUCUCCUCCAUGGGCGACAUCAUCGUCGCCCGUCGCUGCGCCGAGAUGCUCCGCGAAGUCCUGGAGGCGCAUGAAUUAUCCCUCGAUACACCUUCGUCUAUUCUGGAACAAAAUACCGAUCUAGAUGACGGGGACUUUUUCUUUUCGCUGUUCAGUAACGGUACACAGACACAACCCGAUCGAACGCGGGCAGAGAUGCUGGCCAAUCUAGUGGAUCCGAGUGUUUUGGAGGAUUUCGCGUUUGGGGGUGGGAAUGAGUUCUCUUUCUUCUAG